UUGGAUUCACUGCACUUCAGACCGUUGGUAGACACGAUCGCGAGAGGUGUGACCAUCUGCAAGAAGCAACGUUGGUCCAUUGUUAAAGAAAAAAAUAAUUAGCCAAAAAAAUAAAUCCGAUCACUUAGAAGAGACAGAUCGUCCGGUUAUUGAGAGUUGAAGAGUUUAUACAUUAAUUGACCUGGAAAGCAGUCGAACAGGACCAGAGUGUAUAAAGUAAAAGUGCGAACGAAAGUCACACGCAAAAAGAAACGAGAUUUUUGUGGGUCAUCUUGAAAUGCGAAACAUCAUUACUUGUGUGCUUAGGUUGGAUUCCUUACAUCUAGUCUGACAGUGAGUGAGUAGUGAUUUGGCUGUCUAUUGAGACCCUUCGUUUGACUGUUGUGUAGUGAUUGGUUGAAAUUUUGAAAAAAUGCGAAGAGUCAAGAAAUUCCGUUUUCUUCUGGUGAUUCUAUUGGUGGUUUGUGAAUUAAGGAGCUUCGCAGCAGCCUUUCUCAAUGCUUCCAUGAUAGUACCUGCACUUCAGAUGGUGUUUGGUUUAUCGGGACUGUUGGAAAUGAACUAUGGAAGUCCACUUUUGAAAUCUUCCUACGAUUAUGUGAUUGUUGGGGCAGGUCCUGCAGGGUGUGUUUUGGCCAAUCGGCUUUCGGAAGAUACUCGCAGGACAGUGCUACUAUUAGAAAUAGGAAAAGGCGAGAUUCCCAUGUUUUCCGACCCUCCAUUGUUGGGUCCAUUGCUGGCAUCGACGAAUUACAAUUUUGGAUACCAGACAGAGGUGCAAAAAUACGGUUGCCAGGGAUUGCGCAAUAAACGAUGCAGUUGGGCUCACGGACGAGGCAUUGGAGGAUCUUCGAUCAUAAAUAAUGUGAUCUACACGCGAGGCAGCAGAAAAGAGUACGACAGUUGGGCUAAGGCCGGUAACCCAGGCUGGAGCUGGGAUGAAAUGUUGCCUUAUUUCAAAAAGUUGGAGAAGGCCAACAUCCACGAUUUCGACAGAAAUGGAUUCCAUGGGCACACCGGGAGGCUGUCAGUGGAAGACUGUCCAUUUAGGUCUGAGAUCGCGGACGCCGUCGUGAAAGGUGCUCAGCAGGCAGGCUAUCGCUACUUGGACUACAAUGCCGGGGACCUGAUUGGAGUGUCGUAUCUGCAGGCACACACUCGCAAAGGACAUCGAGCCACAGGAGGUAAUGCUUACCUGAAGGAUGUCAUCCAUCGGCCGAAUCUUCACAUUCUAACCCGCUCGUGGGUUACCAAGGUUUUGAUAGAUCCCAAAACAAAACAGGCGACGGGCGUGAGAUUUGUAAACGGAAGGCGUAGCUACACCGUUUGGGCUUCAAGAGAGGUGAUCCUGUCAGCAGGGGCAUUUGAGAGUGCUAAGCUGCUGAUGUUGUCCGGAGUGGGUCCAGCGAAGCAUUUGCAAAAGCAUGACAUCAAAGUAAUACAGAACUCGCCGGUUGGGAAGCAGGUGACCGAACAUGGGGGCGUAUUUGGACCAGUGUUCAUAAUUCAUAAUGAUCCUGAUGGGCUUCACAGCUUGGAACAGUUGGCAUCGAUCAGUGAAAUAACGAAAUUUAGGUCAGGAAGGGGACCAAUGACAUCGAACUCCGUCGAGACGUUGAUGUACAUUAAGUCACCAGUUGCGGAAGAUCCAGACCCCGAGAUACCGGACGUAGAAAUUAUGCAGGCUUUCAUUACAUUUGGUUUCGACUCGUCUCCGUCUACGAAAUUCGCGUACCAGUUGAGUGACGAGGUGGAUGAAGAAUAUUUCAGACCACUUAACAACAUGAGGGCCUUCAUGUAUCUGCCGAUGCUGCUUAGAGCCCGUGCUCGAGGAAAGCUUCGUUUGAAAUCAACGAAUCCUUUCCACCACCCAGAAUUCAAAUAUCAGUAUUUCGAGGACGAACGGGAUGUUGAUGCGUUAGUGUAUGGAAUUUUGCAUGCGAUUAACGUUACUUCACAGCCCGCUUUCGAACACUUGGGAGUGGAACUGUAUGCGAAGAAGGUACCUGGCUGUGAAAAUUUCAAAUUCAACACGUUGGAAUACUGGCGGUGUCAUGUGCGAACCUUGACUGCAACCUUCCAACAUCAGGUGGCCACAUGUAAAAUGGGACCAGCCAAAGACCCAGAGGCUGUGGUGGAUCAUCGCCUAAGGGUACACGGCAUCACUGGUCUUCGAGUGGCCGACGUUGGAAUCAUUCCCGAAUCGCCAACCGGCCACACUAGCGCUCAUAGCUUUGUGAUAGGUGAGAAGGCAGCCGAUAUGAUAAAGGAGGACAACGGGGACUAUGGGCAUAAGUCGUUGUAGGCUUAGUGUUCGCGCGUGGAUUAGAGUAUAAUAUAGCGGCCAUCGAAGAUAGUAAACAUAAUUGCCAAAAGAA